ACGUAACGACCCUUAAUGUUUGUAAGUGGGAGUUGUAGUGUAUUUGUUCCUGAUUCAUAUUAUCAAUUAAUUGUACCAGUGCAGUCAAAGAACUCCAAAUCCCAUAAUGCCGCGCUCGAGCGUUCUGAUCGCCUACGCUCAAUAAACCAAAUGACAAUAAUCCCCGCUGCCAUAGUGACACACAGCGAGAAAAGAGAGCGGAUAAAAGAAAAAAUAAAUUUUACUGCGCUUUUCUCGUCAUUUAUCGCCAGAAAAAUGGACAACUCCGGAAAGGAGAAGGAGGCAAUUCAGCUAAUGGCAGAAGCCGAUAAGAAAGUGAAGUCUUCCGGCUCGUUUUUAGCAGGAAUGUUUGGGGGAAAUCACAAAGUGGAGGAGGCCUGCGAAAUGUAUGCCAGAGCAGCCAACAUGUUCAAAAUGGCCAAAAACUGGAGUGCUGCAGGGAAUGCCUUCUGUCAGGCGGCCAGACUUCACAUGCAGCUUCAGAAUAAACACGAUUCUGCCACCAGCUAUGUAGAUGCCGGAAAUGCUUUCAAGAAGGCCGAUCCACAGGAGGCUAUCAAGUGCUUAAACGCAGCCAUUGAUAUUUACACUGACAUGGGGAGAUUCACCAUCGCAGCCAAACAUCAUAUCACAAUUGCAGAGGUGUAUGAGUCAGAGCUUUUGGACAUUGAGAAGGCGAUUGCACAUUAUGAACAAGCUGCCGACUAUUACAAAGGAGAAGAGUCGAACAGCUCUGCAAACAAGUGUCUAUUAAAGGUGGCUUCAUACAGUGCCCAGUUAGAACAGUACCAUAAGGCAAUAGAGAUUUAUGAGCAGGUUGGCAGCAACACAAUGGAUAAUCCUCUACUGAAAUACAGCGCCAAAGAAUACUUUUUCAAAGCAUCCUUGUGUCACUUUAUCGUGGAUGAGCUCAACGCAAAGCUCGCUGUUGGAAAGUAUGAGGAGAUGUUUCCAGCCUUCUCAGACUCAAGAGAGUGCAAACUCUUGAAGAAACUUCUAGAGGCCCAUGAGGAACAGAACGCAGAAGCAUUUACAGAAGCAGUAAAGGAGUUUGAUUCCAUCUCUCGCUUGGACCAGUGGCAUACCACUAUGCUUCUGCGGAUCAAAAAGUCAGUUCAAGGAGAAGAGGGUGACCUGAAAUGAUCUGGACAGUGGGGAGACCACCCACUGCACGGCACCCUCCUCCUCACAUUUCCAUUUCACAGCAGUUUUGUGCAAUGGCCAAGUCCAGGUCUCCCAAGACAGUAUGUCAAAAUGUAUUGCGGCAACUUUUUCAGACAAUAUUUAAGCCUGUAUUCUGUUUAUAUUCAUUUACUGUAUAAUAUAGCACAUAUCGAAAUUUAGCACUCCAGUUCAAAGAUCUGUUUUGUUUUGGAACCUUGAAACCCCAGCCACUGAAUCGCAAUGUGCUAGAGCUGCAUGAGAUGCACAGAUGUAAUUAUUGAGUCAGUGUUGCAGAGUUAUAUAUAUUAUUUAGACAUACAAAUUUAAGGUAUUUGUGCAAUUUUGUUAGUCAGAUUACAGUAGUUGGCACAUAGGCCUCAAAAAUUCAGCUGUCUACAACAGGAAUCGAACACGUCUCAUUUUCAUUAUUAUUUAAUAACGGCAGAUGACAUUUAUGCAGGAGCCACCAGCACUAUUGAUAUGUGCUAGAGAACUUCAAUUUCCCAGAUCUAACAUUUUUAAAUGUAAUUUAAAUUCUUACAGAAAUCUGAAAUGUAAUUUUUUAUUGCGCGUAUACUUAAAAGCAAAUAAGUAUCCUCAUUUUAUUUAUUUUGUGAUGUUGGUUUCUUAAAUUUGUAUUUAUUUCAUUAUUCAUUGUAUUUAUUGUCUGAAUUAUUAUUAUAAAAAUUAAUUUAAGGAUUUUUACACUAUUGAAGUAAAUUACUUUUCCAUCUGCACUGAAAAUCCAUGUUUAACCUUUUAUUAACUUGCUCUAUAUGUGUGUAGUGUUGUAUAUGCAUAGCUCAUAUACACUUUCUACUUUAUUGGUCUUUAGCAGCGCAUGUUAUUCUAUGCGUUUUAAGUGUUGUGUGAUUGUCCGUAUUUUACCAAUUUUUAAGAAGCCAUGAAAACUUACCAAACAAUGUACUUUCCCACAGAGCAACUCAUGUCUUCGCUGAAUAUCUGUGAGAAUGUACACAAAUAAAAAUCAAUAUUGA